AUGAACGUGAAAGAUGUUCUUUUGCAGACUGAAGUAAUCCUGACCUUAGAACCCACUAGUGAAGAACUGGAGACAGAGGCCGUUCGUUUGGUUCGUUAUAGAUUUCAUGGCAUUAAAGAUGGAAAAGAUGAAGUUAUGGAAGAGGGAGAGGGAGCGGGAUAUGAAUUGGCAGAAGAGUUGAGGGAGGAUAGGGAAGAGCUGAAGAAGGAGAGGGAAUUGCUGGAGAAAGAUAGGGAAGAGUUUAGUCAAACAUUCCUCGCACUAAAAGAGAGGGAAGAAUUGAUGAAGAAGGAGAGAGAACUACCACUCAAGGAGAGGGAACUCAUGCUAAAGGAGAAGGAAGCCUUGAGGUUAGAGAGGUAA